UCAGAUGCCUUUAUUAAUGCUCUGCGUUCAUUCAUCGCCAUUCGUGGAUCAGUAAGGCAGAUAAGGUGUGAUCAAGGGACAAACUUUGUUGGAGCAAGGCGUGAGUUCAUUGAAGCAUUUAAACAGAUGGAUCAAGAGGAGCUCAAAGAUUUGGGGUGCGAGUUCGUCAUGAACAGCCCGGCCUCAAGUCAUAUGGGUGGGGUCUGGGAAAGACAGAUCCGCACUAUCAGAAGUGUCCUGGCGUCUAUUCUACAACAGUCGUCCAGACAACUUGACUCCUCUUCCCUACGAACAUUUCUAUAUGAGGCCAUGGCGGUUGUGAAUAGCAGACCUCUAACCACUGAUCAUUUGAAUGAUUCUACUAGUCCAGAGCCCUUGACACCAAACCACAUCUUGACCAUGAAAUCCACAAUCAUUCUCCCUCCUCCUGGAAAGUUUGUCAAGGAGGAUCUCUACCUCCGCAAAAGAUGGCGCAGAGUUCAACUUUUAACCAACAACUUUUGGGUACGAUGGAGAAAGGAGUACCUCUUAAAUCUCCAACACAGACAGAAGUGGACCAAAAAUCGCAGAAAUGCAAAGGUCGGAGAAAUUGUUUUGUUGCAAGAUGCGGCUACUCCACGAAACCAAUGGAAGCUAGCAAGAGUCAUCGAGGUGUAUCCUGGAAGCGAUGAAAGAGUGAGGAGACUCAAGUUACUCAUCAGUGACUCCUCCCUGGAUGGAAGAGGAAAGCGUACAUCCAAACCUGUUUACCUGGAGAGACCCAUUCAGAAAACAGUUACAUUGGUAGAAGCAGACUGAUGGUUCUAUCAUACACUCAAACACAGUUUAUUAGUUGUUUAUUAGGAUUGAGUUCAUUUACUUUAUUCAUGCAAUAUGUUUGUCUCCAAGUUUAAGAAAUCACUUUUGAUUUGGUGGGAGUGUAACUGCCUGAUGCCAGUUUAUUUCUGUAUUAGCACUUUUACUAUUCUGUUGUUUCUGUAUUUGAAUGUUAACAGCAAGACGGAACUAAUUAUUGGUUCCGCCCGGAGGUUUCCGGCCGGGCGCUUUUGAGCGACGCACUGAGAAAAACUUUACGGCGAAAGAGACUGAUUAUUCCGCUGUUGUAGUGUUUAAGUGGAUAAAUUUACAAGAAAAUAGACAGAAGAUGAUACGGGAGAUCUGAAAGGAUGUUUAGCACCUCUUUGUGAUAAGCAGCAAUGAGUUCUCACGGGUUGACCAACAUUAAAGCCCUGUAUUUUAACCAAGACCUCUUGCCUCAUGCCUGUCACUGGGGGAGCUACACUUA